AAGAAAUGUUGAGCGAACCCGAGUGUUGAGAGGAGGAAUAUGAUAGAAAAGCAAAAGAAUCGAGAGAAAGAGGAGAAGAGAUCACUUGAAGAGAAAGCAAACACCAACAACGAAACAAUCGAAUCAUUGUUUUGUCCAAAUCAGAAUUCUCCCCCAAACACCGCCCCGGAAAACCCGAAAUGCAAACCCCACACCAAACGACGCCGCAUCUGCCGUCGUCGUCGUCGUUCAAGCUCUCCACGGCCACUCUCAAAGACCCGAAAACCACACUCUCCGUAGUCUUAGCUACUUCUCUCUUCUCCCUCCUCUUCUUCCUCGCUCUCUUCUCUUCGCCGCUCACUUCUCCUUCUCCUCCUCCCAGACCCAAACCCGACCCCUUUCUCUUCCCUACCAGCCAGACCCACUUCGACGCCAACAACCCUUCGGAUCCUCCUCGUCCCCCUUCGAUCGCUUACCUCAUUUCCGGGUCGAGCGGCGAUUCUGCUCGGAUCAUCCGUUUGCUCUCCGCUACGUACCACCCCAGGAACCGUUAUCUUCUUCACCUGGACCGAUUUGCUUCCCGAGCUGAGAGGGACCGUCUCGCCAUUAAUGUUCAGUCGGUUCCCAUUUUUAAAGCUGCCCAGAACGUCGAUGUGAUUGGAAAGGCCGAUUUUGUGUACCCGAAAGGGUCUUCGUCUCUCUCGUUCACGCUUCAUGGAGCUUCUAUGCUUCUCAGGUUGGCCCCCAGUUGGGAUUGGUUUAUCAGUCUCAAUGCCGGUGAUUACCCACUCGUCACGCAGGAUGAUCUUCUUCACAUUUUGUCAUACUUGCCCAAAAGUCUCAACUUUGUGAGUCAUUCGAGCUACAUUGGCUGGAGAGAGUCCAAGAAGUUAAAACCCAUAAUUGUAGAUCCAGGGCUUUAUUUAUCAGAAAGAUCAUCGAUGUUUUAUGCUUCACAGAAGCGGGAACUGCCUAAUGCGUAUCGACUAUUCACAGGUUCAUCUUUCUCCAUUUACAGCCGUAAUUUUAUUGAAUUCUGCAUUCUGGGUACGGAUAACCUCCCUAGGACUCUGUUGAUGUAUUUUUCCAACACACCUUCAGCACUUUCCAGCUACUUCCCCACCAUUUUAUGCAAUUCUCGACAGUUCAACAAAACCAUUGUAAACCACAACCUACAAUAUGCCAACUUCGACAUACCCCCAAAGGAGGAGCCCCGUCGGGUCAUUUCUGAUGACUUUGAUCCAAUGAUUCAAAGUGGGGCAGCCUUCGCUUCUAAAUUCAAGCUGAAUGAUCCAUUACUUGACCGUAUCGACCAAGAAAUUUUAAGCCGAGCCCGAGGCGACGUUGUGCCUGGUGGGUGGUGCCUAGGUGAGCCUAGAAACAGCACAUGCUCUGUAUGGGGAGAUGCUGAUGUUCUGAGGCCUGGUCCAGGUGCCAAAAGACUGGAGAAACUUAUUGUUGAGUUGUUCUCCAAUGGUACCUCAACAUCUAAUAGAUGCAUAUUUGAAUGACCACCAAGAAAUGAAGGGUAUCGACUAUCAAGCUCUGCCCUUUACACCACCUUUUGUAAAUUUUUGGGGAAAAGAUUAACCACUUGGUGGCAAUUCUUUUAGGAACACACUAGAUUGUUUAUAGGCUCAUUUGAGUUGAGGUGUUGUUAUCAUGUCACGGGCACUAGAAAAUAGAAAUCAUUUUGCGUUAUUAAUCAUACUAUGUUGUGCUAAAGAUGUAUGUGAUCCACAUUACUGGAAUUGGCAUUAGUUUGUCUCCGUUUAAUGUUGAUUUGUAUCAAUUGCAUAGAGUCAGGUUGUGGCUUAA